AUGGUUGACGCAGUCUUCUACCACAAGGGCAUCAAGCAGGCCUACUUCUUUGGCGGCCGCGGCCGCUACGCCCGCAUCGACUUCGUCCCUGGAAGCGCAGGCGGAAAGAUCACCUUCGGCCUAGCCGCCAUCGCUGAUCACUGGCCCUCUCUCAAAUCUAUCGGCUUCGGCACUGUCGACGCCAUCCUCCCCAUCGACGGCAGCCAAGAUGAAGGCUACUACUUCUCUGGGGCGCACUUCGCCCGCAUCAAGCUCGUUCCGUCCUCAGACGACGAUACUUUCGUCGAUGGUCCCUGGGUCAUCACGCAGAAGUUGGCGAGCCUCAACAAGGCAGGGUUCGACACCAUCGACGCACCCUUCCUGCUCCCGGGGUUUCUGGUGAAACAAUGGCCUAGUUUGACCGAGGCCGAUUCGACACUGUUGAUGCAGCGUUUCCUGAGCCGGGAAGUACAAACGGCACUGCGUACUUCCUUAGAGGAGAUCAACUUACGUGCAAGACAUAAGUAA